AUGACAUGUUUCAAAAAACUUCCCGAGGUCGUUAUGACCUUAGUAAUUUGCCUUUUUGUUGCAUUUGAUGCACAACCUAUUCCCAAUCUAGCUCCACGUCAAUCAAUUCCUCCUAAUCCAAAUAUGGUUAUAGGUCAAACUAUUUUUCUAGACAAGUUUUGGGAUAAAUUACCACCAUCACCAUCAUCUUCUUCAGGUCAAGGUUUCUGGUCUCCGACGAUUAAUCUUAGUUGGAUGUGGAUCAAUUGGCCUGAUUAA